CUUCUCUCUUUUAUCAAAAUAGAUUAUGAAUCCCUACAAACGAGUCCAUUCCCCUACAGAAUAUGGUUUACUGGAAACAGACCAAGCAAGAAAAAAGUACAUUUCUGAACAAUUCGCAGAAAAGAUGGGUGCCAUGUCUUUGAACAGCAAUCCACCUUCAACACCCUUUUCACAUCAGUACCAGCAGCAACAGCAACAGCAAUCGGGCGACGCUCCAAUGUCUAUAGCAAUGCCUUCCAUAGACUCAAGGAAAGACGAAACAAAGACAAACUUGGUACAAACGCACGUGUAUGGGACGAUGCUUCCGUUUGAACAACGACCUGGUGAAUCAAAGCUGAGAAUACCCGAGUUUUUACUACGACCAUCGUCAGGUUGCCCAGAAGCGCGCGAUUUGGUAACGUACAGUCCAUUGUCAUGGCGACCUGCCACGGUAUCCGAAGAAGCGGAGGUUUGUUUUUGCAUGAAUUUUCUUACUUUCUUUAUGUUUGACAGAUGGAUUCAUGAAGAGUUUACAGGUAAACUCUCGCCAUUCAACGGCAGCAGAAAGUCACGAUGAGGGUGAAGGUGUGCAAGACGGUUCGGCAAUGGAUAUUGAUUGAUUUUUAUCGUUGCUAGUACUUUCAACAGCGAGUAGUAUCAUAUUCAUCAUCAUCAUCGUUUGUUGCAUUCAAAUAACAAGCAUGC